AUGGCCUCCAGCAGCGGUAAGAGGACCAUGAAGGUCCCCCUGAUACCUCUUGCAAGAGAUCUGGUCCUCCUACCGAGCGUCAACCUGCGAAUCCCGCUCGCAGAUCGCCCCGAUAUCCCGACACUCCUUACUUCGCUGUUUAGCAAACAUGCAAAGCAACGACAGAACAACACCCCGAUCUUGGUUGGAUGUAUCCCGCUGAACUCACCCUUUUUGUCAAAGGAUGGCCAGUUACUGCUCACUGACGGGGACAAGGCGAGGGCCCGGUCGAUAGACGAAGAACCCACUAAUCCUGCAACAGCUGGAGUUAAUGAUCUCUUUCAGUAUGGAACCAUUGCUAAGGUAGUUGGAGUCCAGGGAAAAGCAAAUGCGGAGCCCUUCUUGCUUGUCGAGGGAGCAAAGCGGUUCUCAGUGCAGAAAAUAUUGAAGGAGAAGCCCUUCUUUGAAGCGGAGGUGUUAGUGUACGAUGAGCCAGUUCCUCACGCCAUCGACCCAGAAAUACCUGAGUUAUUCCAACAACUUAAACAGCUCUCUCGUGAACUCCUAACUGUCUUGCGGCUCGCCUCUGUUUUCUCAGCUUCCUCCAGCAUUUCUCCUCUGAUUGCCCGUCGGUUUGAGCUUUUCAUUGCCAAACGGGACAUAUCUCAAGCCGGUACGUUGGCGGAUGUCAUUGCUGACCUGAUUGACGCGGGCUUUGAGGAGAAGCUCCGGGUCCUGGCCUCCGUCGAGCUGAAGGACAGGCUGGAGCGUGUCAUCGAAAUGUUGACCAAGGAGGUCCAGGGUAUGAGGAAUAACAUCAAGGUGACCACAUUCACUACCACCAUACCCUCAAAUAUGGGAGUUGAUAUCAAACAGCUCGACCCUCGACAGCGGGAACUCUAUUUCAAACGGGGUAUACAGAUGAAUAUGCCGGGCAUGCGAGGCAAUGGAGGCGGCGACGAUGGCGAGGACAAGGAGCCCAAUGAGAUAGACGAGCUUCAGCAAAAACUUCAGGAGGCCCAGCUGAGUCCUGAAGCCCAGAAGGUUGCCGACAGAGAGAUUAAAAGACUUCGCAAGAUGAACCCUGCAAACGCCGAGUACGGAGUUUGCCGCAACUACUUGGAAAACAUUGCGGAAAUUCCCUGGUCUAAGGCCACCGAAGACCAGUUGGGCCCAGAAACAUUAACUCGGGCCAGACAACAGUUGGACAAUGAUCAUUAUGGACUUGAAAAGAUAAAGAAGCGUCUUUUGGAAUAUCUUGCUGUUCUGAAGCUGAAGCAGUCCUUGAACAACGAUGUCGAGUCGCAGAUAACUGAGCUCUCCAACGAUCUCACGGCAAAGGAGAAUGCAACUGAAGACGAUGAUUCUUCCUCUAUUGCUGAACGGGAUGCCAUUGAGACAAAGCUACAGCUACUCAAGUCAAAGCGUGUAGUUGACAAAUCACCAAUACUACUUCUGGUCGGCCCUCCAGGAACCGGCAAGACCAGUUUGGCUAAAUCUAUAGCUACGUCACUUGGCCGCAAAUUCCAUCGCAUUUCUCUCGGUGGUGUCAGAGAUGAAGCCGAAAUCCGUGGUCACCGCAGAACAUAUGUCGCAGCCAUGCCCGGACUCGUCGUCAAUGGUCUUAAGAAGGUCGGAGUCUCAAAUCCAGUUAUGCUCCUUGAUGAAAUCGACAAAGUUGGUGGCGCGAACUUCCAUGGCGAUCCAUCAGCUGCCAUGCUUGAGGUCCUUGAUCCUGAGCAGAACCAUACAUUCUCUGAUCAUUACAUUAAUAUCCCCAUCGAUCUGAGUAAGGUGCUAUUCAUUGCUACUGCAAACUCUCUAGAGACUAUUCCUCCACCGCUACUCGAUCGUAUGGAAACUAUCUACUUGUCCGGAUACACCACCGUCGAGAAGAGACAUAUCGCGAAGCAGCAUCUCCUCCCAAAGCAGGUUCGAUCAAAUGGUCUAUCCGAUGGCCAAGUUAAAAUUACGGAUGAAGUUAUGGACAAGAUCAUCACCUCUUAUACUCGUGAGUCAGGCGUGCGGAACCUUGAACGUGAAAUAGGCGCCGUAUGCCGGUUUAAAGCAGUGCAGUAUGCAGACGCCAAAGAUUCUUCGCGGCUUGACCAAUACAGCCCUAACGUAUCCGUCGAUGAUCUCGAUGAGAUACUAGGCAUUGAACGGUUUGACGAAGAAAUUGCCGAGAAGUUGGCCAGACCAGGCAUAGUCACAGGGCUUGUUGCAUACUCCUCUGGAGGUCAGGGCAGCAUUCUUUUUAUCGAAGUGGCUGAUAUGCCUGGUAAUGGAAGCGUUCAGCUCACUGGAACAUUGGGUGAUGUUCUCAAAGAGUCUGUCGAGGUGGCUCUUACCUGGGUCAAGGCUCACUCAUACGAGCUCGGGCUAACCCAAGACCCCAACGAGGAUAUCAUGAAACAUCGCAGCUUGCAUGUUCACUGUCCUUCUGGAGCCAUUCCCAAAGACGGCCCAUCCGCCGGUCUUGCCCAUACCAUUGCCUUGAUUUCCCUUUUUGCUGGCAAGGCUGUCCCUCCUGAGAUUGCCAUGACUGGCGAAGUAUCUCUGCGUGGGCGCGUAAUGCCUGUCGGAGGAAUCAAGGAGAAAAUGAUCGGUGCACAUAGAGCAGGUGUCAAGACCGUACUGUUACCCCAGCAGAACUUCAAGGAUGUGCGAGAUGUUCCGAAGGAGGUCCAGGAAGGUCUCAAUAUUGUUUACGUUACGCACAUCUGGGAUGCUAUCAAGCAGAUCUGGCCCAAUAGCCAUUGGCCCGGCGAGCAACGCCACGCAGUCUUCGAGAGUCGAUUGUAA